UGGGUUAGGGCAUGUAAUUUGGAGGGCAAUUUUUGCCGGCAAUGGGGCUGUACAAGAAUCUGGAAGAAGAAAUAGAAACCCUUUAAACAAUGCAAGUCACCUAAGAUGGCGACCUGAGAAUUUUAAGUAAUCUAAGAGGGUGACAUAUACUUUGAUAGAAAAGAUCAUUUUUCUUCCACUAGGAAGAACCUAGGUUGGGAGGAAGAUGAGAAUCAAGAGUUGAGUAGGCUGCAUUUCCAAUCUUGACUUUGGACAUGGCAUCUCUCUCUUCUGUGUCUGUCUUCCCAUGGAAACUGGGGAUAACAAUGGGUUGCUGGGGUAGUUACAGAGUUAGCACACUUGCCUUGUACGCCACAUGGAGUGUGGUGGCACUCGUUAAUGCCAGCUCAGACUAACUCGUCUGUGUCAAUGCUGCUGCUAAAACAUCCCCAUUUUCUUCUGUUUCUCCUGAUAUUAUCUGUGCUUAUCACUCCUCAUCAGCCUCCAAAGACACUUCCUCCAAUUCAUUCUCUGUAUUUAAAUAUUCAAAACACUUCCUUCAAAAAAACGUUGCAGGGCUGGAGGUGUGGCUCAAGUGGUAGAGCUCCUGCCUUGCAAGUGCAAGGCCUUGAGUUCAAACCCCAGUACCACCACCAAAAAAAAAAACACGUUGCAAUUGCAUAUCAAGGCCUUGGGAUAAAGGUCUACCCUUUGGCUUUAGUUCUAGGAUGGAUCUCCCCAGUCUCCCAUACACCUGGUACUUUCCAGUCACUGUAAACCCCUGAAGGGUUGGUCCAAGGAGCCUGGUCACUUUAUGCCUCUCUUCACCUUUUUGAGUAUGCUGCUCUCCCUGGGCAAAAUCUCUCCCAAUCCAGGCACUGCCUUCUUGACAAAGGCCACCUUGGUCUGGAGGUGAUUGUGGCCACAGAGACAGGGGAAUGGCUAGGGUGGUCAUAGUUACUGGGUGUCACCUAAGCAUCCUCUGCUCACCUGUGUGGCUGUUUUCAGGACCUACUUCAUUUAAGCCCAGUGUUUUACAGGACUCUCCUGUGUCACAGGACACCCAAGGGCCCCACAGUGACAGGACUUGUUUUCCCACAGCUCCUGAGCAGCCCCUCAGCCCCUCCCAAGGAGAACCAGCUUGGAGCACAGGCUGUGACAGGCUCGUGGCUAUACAAGGCCGGUUAGACAUCAUGGAAGAGAUGGUGGAAAAGACAGUGGAACACCUGGAGGUGGAAGUCAAAGGCCUACUGGGCCUGCUGGAGGAACUGGCCUGGAAUCUGCCCCCAGGGCCCUUCAGCCCUGCCCCUGACCUUCCUGGAGAUGGUAAGCAGCUCAGUCAGCAGAGAGGAGACCCUGGGCCUCUAUUACCUGGGACACAAGUGUACCCUGCACAUGCAGGGGGCCACCCUGUGCAUCCAAGGGACCAAGUGGGCAGAUCCGCCCACCUUGCACACACAGGGCAGCGGUAGCAGCUGCACCACCCUGAGAAGCCACUGUCUUCCUCCUCCAUCCUCUUUCAAUCUCCCUUCUGAGGGUUCACUGCUGUUCCAGCCCCCUUGCCCUGGGCAUCCCCCUGAUGGGCAGUGGCACAGUUAUCACCUGCUCCCUUCUUGAGCCCUGGGUUCCCUGACAGAGGACUGGAAGCAUUGGGGAGGAAGCUGCUGGGCACCAAGAGGAUGAGGGGACCCUUCUGCGCCCCCUGCUGCUCACUGAGGGGCACACCUCUCUUUCAGAUCACUUCUGACGGCCAGAGCCCAGGAACUGGAUGUAAUGCACCUGCGGACUGCACCCCUCUAGGAACCAAGCCAUCUCUUCUCACCCUCCUUCCCCUCCUUUGUGUGAAAUAAAAGCUACUACUUUGGUCCCAUGUCUGGUGAUAGUGACAUCUAUAACCACAGCCCCUUCUCCUACCCCAUCCCCUAAGGCCUGCAUCCCACUCUAGGAUCAGACCUAGGGCCCCCUGUCAGGCUGUGCUUCAGCCCUUGUUAUUUAUUAGAGACGAGACAGGGCAGGGUUUGGUCCAAGAGGCGAGGUACCUGAGACCAGGACCACAGUGGGACACAGCACAAGGCUCUUUAAAUUAGUCUUGCUACUCAAACCGUGGCCACAAAAGAACAGAGCUCCACGAGAAAUCUUGUCAGAAAAGCAGGAUCUUGGGUCCCACCCAGACAUCCUGAAUCAGAAUCUGCUAUUAGCGAGGUCAGCCAGGCAACUUGUGUGCCCAUCAAAAAGCUCCCCAUCCUUGUGCUGGGGACAGACCCACUCCGCCAUUGAGUCUCUUUAAAAUUGCUUGAGGUAAAAUUCAUACACCAUAACGACCAUUUCUAACCUGUAUGAAUUUGGUGUUUCAGGACAUUGACCACUGUCUAAUUCCAGGCCUUUCAUCACCCCAGACGGAACCCUGGCUCUAGUAAGUGGUUGCUUCCCAUUCCCAUUUCCACCAGCUCCCCGGAAACCACCAAUCUUUGUGGCUCUAUGGACUCACCUAUUCUGGAUACUUUGUAUAAAUGCAAAAAAGUGUAGAUAUGUAAUUUAUACAAAGUAAACGGUCUUUUGUGUCUGAGCACAUCUUAAAGAUCCAUCCAUGUUACAGCGCGUGUCAGCACUUCACUUGUCUUUGAUUGAGAAGUGCUCUAUUGUGUGGAUAGACCAUUUUGUUCAUCCAUCAGUUAGUGGAUGUUUGGAUUGUUUGCACAUUUGGGCUACUAUGAAUAAUGCUGUUAAGGACAUUCAUUUAUGAGUUUUUGUGAGGCUCUAUGUUUUUGCUCCUCUAGUAUAUGCCUAGGAAUAACGUUGCUGAAUCCAGUGGUAGCUCUGUUUAACCUUUUGAAAAACCAUCAAACUGUUUUGCACGGCAGCUGUUCCAUUUCACAUUAACACUGGCAAUGUUAGGUUGUGGAGUUUUCACAUGCCCUAUCAGAAAUUUUUCAUUUUCUAUUUUUAUUUUCUUGGUUUAUCAUUAAAAUGGGUCUUUUCAAAUCGAGAUGAGGGGUUUUCCUUUUCAUUUUAUUAAUAACAUGUAUCAUUUUGAUUUUCAUUAUUCUAAUAACCCUUACAUUCCUGGGACAAACCUCAGUUCAUCCUGAUGAAUAAUCCUUAUUUUGCUCAGGAUUUUUGCACCCAUAUUGUGAGGAUAUUGCUCUGUAGUUUUCUUAUGAUGUCUGUAUGACUUUGGUAUCAGGGUAAUACUUACCUCAAAGAAUGACUACAUUUAUUUGGAAGAGUGAGGAUUGGUUUAACUUUUCUUUAACCAUUUGAUAGAACUCACCACCUGCCUCUAGGCUUUGCUUUGCUGGAAGUUCUAUGAUCUAGAGUUUCUAUUUCUUCCUGAAUCAGUUUUGGUAAUUCACAUAUUUCUACAAACUUAUCCAUUUUCUCUAGAUGUCCAAUUUGUUGGCUUACAAUUUUUCUUAUUUUCUUAUCCUUCCUGUUGUUUCUAUAAAGCUAGCAAUGUCCCCGCUUUCAUUCCUGACUUAGUAAUUGAGCUCGCUCUCCCUUCCCCUCCACCUCUUUCCUUCUCUGCCUAGCUGAAGGUUUGUUAAUUUGGUUCAUAUUUCUUGGUACCGGGGUUUGAACUCAAGGCCUUGUGCUUGCUAGGCAGGUAUCUACCACUUGAGCCACUUCUCAAGCCCAUGUUUUAUAUUUUUACAGAAACUUUUUUUGUUUAACUGGUUUUAAUGCUUUUCUAUUUCCCAUUUCAUUUAACCUACCCUCUAAAUCAUUUAUUUCCUUCAGGCUGGUUGGGGUUGAGUUUGCACUUUGUUUUCUAAGUCCUUAAAGUGGAAAUUUGGUUAGGGAUUUCCAUCUCUUUUUUAAUAUAGGAAUUUACAGCUGUAAGUUUUCCUCUGUACACUGUUUUCACUGCAUCUCAUGAAUUUUGGUGUACUGUGCUUCCAUUUUCAUUAAUCUCAAAGUAUUUCCUAAUCACCCUUGUGAUUUCUUCUUCGGCUCUUUUUUAAAAAAAAGUUUUAACUUCCACAUAUUCAUAAAAUUUCCAGAUUUUCCUGUUUUUGUUAUCUAAUUUCAUUCCAUUGUGGGCAAACUUUAAAUUUUUAGUUUAUGUUCUAUGUAGAGAAUUUGUUGGCUGGGAUGUUCUACAUAUGCCUGUUAGAUCUAGUUUGUGUUCACAGUUUCCUUCAUCUCUUUGGGCUUUACUUACAACUGAUUUAAGUCUUUAUCUGGUAAGUCCAAUGUCUGGGUUGUUCUCUUUUUCCUGUGUAUGAGCCAUAUUUUGGUUUUUGUACAUCUCAUCAUUUUUGUUGAAAACUAGACAUUCUGAAUACUAUAGUAUGGCAACUCAGGAAAUCAAAUUCUUCUGUCCUCAGUUUAUUGAUGCUCUUUGUUGUAGCUUAGUGAAUUUUCUAAACUUUUUUCUUUUGGGGGCAGUACUAGGGUUUGAACUCAGGGCCUCAUGCUUGUUGGGCA